AUGCGAGUGAAAGUCUUGUAUCGCAGCGUGCAGCAGGUCACUGUAGCGCAGACAAGAUACGCCGAUGUGAAGCGUGCUCUGAGAGAUAAUAUCAUUUUAUUUCUCCUAUUUUUAUCUCCUCUAAUCAUAUCAGAUCUCAGGAUCGUGUUGGUGGGUAAAACUGGAAUAGGUAAGAGCGCAUCAGGAAACAGCAUCCUGGGACAAAAGAUAUUCGGAGAAAAAUUGUCUUCGCAAUCUGUGACCGAGAAAUGCCAACAACAUCAGCAGAUGGUAGAUGGUAAAAUCAUCUCAGUGAUCGACACUCCAGGACUGUGUGAUACAUCAAUGAGUGAAGAACAACUGAAGAAUGAGUUAGUGAAGUGUGUCGAGAUGUCUCUUCCUGGUCCUCAUGCAUUUCUUCUUGUCAUUAGACUGGACGACAGAUUCACAAAUGAACAGAAAAUUACAGUGAAAUGGAUUCAGAGAAACUUUGGAGAAGAUGCCACUCAUUACACCAUCAUUCUGUUCACUAGAGGAGAUCAGUUAGAUAUACCUAUAGAGGAGUUUCUGACAAAAGAUAAGGCAUUUAAAAGCUUAAUUGAACAGUGUGAAGGCAGGUAUCAUGUUUUCAAUAACGGAGAUACAAACCGAGAUCAAGUAAAUAAACUGCUGGAGAAGAUAGACACAAUGGUGAUGGAGAACGGAGGACAGCAUUACACCAGUAACAUGUACAAUGAUGCUCAGAGAAAAAUCAGAGAUGAAGAAAGGAAGAUGAGAGAGGAAGAGAGGAGAAGAAUGGGAGCAUAUGUAGAAAAUAUAAGGCAGGAAGAAAAAAACAGGCUGAAAAAGAAGGCAAAAAAUGUAGCAUUAGUGGCAGCAGCUGUAGCAGGUGCAGGAGCAGCAGUUACUGGAGGCGCAGCAUUAGUUGCUGCUACUGGAGGAAUAGCACUACCUGUAGUUUUAAUCGGAGGAGGAGUGCUUAUCUCGGGAGGAACAAGUGGAAAACUUAUUGCAGAUAAAAUUAAAGAAGCAAAUUCAGUCAGGGGUGUAAACUCUAUUCCCCCUGACUGUUAA